GUGCAGGUCCUCCGGCGCCCUAGAACGUCACCGGAAGUGCCCGAGCCGCCCGGGAGAGGGAGGCGGCGCUUCCGGCGGGCGGCGGGGGCUCUGGGCAGGUGUCCCACUGCUGGUGUUUAUGCAGGAAGCAGCAAGCAGAGCCCCAGCCUGGGUCCACAGAACGCCACAGAGAAGGCUACCCUGAUGGACACAUGCACAGCUUUCCUAGCACAGGCACCGAGUGGCGGCCCGGCUUCCUGCUAUGCUGCUUCGGUGGCUGAGCAAGGGGCUCAGAGCCCAGGGCUGAUGCCACGGCAGGCAACCUUAGAAGAAGGGGGGCGCUGUGGACAGGCUGUGCCAGGACUGUUACGGGGGCCUCCCCAGGCACUGCGGUUUCCAGACCCUUGUGGGAAUGAGGAAGCUGGAGAGAGGCCCAGAGGUUCCCCUCGGGGACCAGUUGUUUAUGAGGAAACUGGAGGGCAGAAUGGCCAUGAGGACAGUGUGUCUGGGUCAGAGGUCACCCUGAAUGCAGCCUCCACGGCCGAUAGGAGAGGCCACUGGAAAGGACGGCCUUACCGAUGCAGCACCUGCGACAGGAGCUUCAAAUGCUAUUCGGAUGUGGUGAAACACCAGAGCAUUCACUCUGGGGAGAAACCCUACGAGUGCAGUGACUGUGGGAAGGCCUUCAUCCACAGCUCCCACGUCGUCAGGCACCAGCGCAUCCACAACGGGGAGAAGCCUUACGUUUGUAAGGAGUGUGGGAAAGCCUUCAGCCAGAGCUUCAACCUCAUUAGACACCAGAGAAUCCACACAGGAGAGAAGCCCUACGAAUGUGCUGAGUGUGGCAGGUCCUUCAGUCAGAGGUCAGACGCCAUUAAGCACCAGAGAAUUCACACUGGCGAGCGGCUGUACGAGUGCAGCGAGUGCGGGAAAACCUUCAUCCAUAGCUCAAACGUCGUCCGGCACCAGAGAAUUCACCACGGAGAGAAUCCUUACGAAUGCAAAGAGUGUGGGAAAGCCUUCAGCCAGAGCUCCAACCUCAUUCAGCACCAGCGGGUCCACACCGGGGAGAAGCCCUACGCCUGCCAGGAGUGCGGGCGCGCCUUCAGCCGCAGCUCCUUCCUCAGCGAGCACCGGCGCAUCCACACCGGGGAGAAGCCCUACGAGUGCGGCGAGUGCGGCCGCGCCUUCAGGGCCCUGUCGGGCUUCUUCCGGCACCAGAGGAUCCACACUGGGGAGAAGCCUUUCCACUGUGCCAGGUGUGGCAGGGCCUUCCGCCUGAGCUUUCAUCUUAUCCAGCACCAGCGAGUUCACGGCACGGAGUGAGCCUGUUGGGGGGAGAACGUGGAGUGGAAAAUUGAGUAAAUGAGAUUGGAGUGUGGGUACAACGCCCUUCACUUUUUGCCCACGCCCCCAGCAUUGUGUACUUCGCCCCACAGGAAGAGGAUAAAACUGUCUUGGUGGUCUCCAAGCCUGCCCGUGGAGGCCUGCAGUUUGUCUACCGCCGCCUUGCCAGGAGCACCGGAAAGGAAGGAGGAGCCUUGGGGAAGGAGAUGUGAUGGCAUCGUGUGCCUCGGAAGUUAAUUUAUUUCAUUUUCACAGCACUGGGUUUUUUCCUGAAGUAUAAUUUACAUACAGUGGAACGCAUAGAUCUUAGUGUUUGGUUUUGUGAGUUUCAACAAGUACAAUGUGCUUUGACCUUUACGACCACCACACUCUCAAGAUGUAGACUAUUUCCAUCACCCCAGAAAGUCUCCUUAUGCCCCUUCAAGUCAGCCCCUCAUCCUGAGAGGCAACCAGUGAUCUCGUUUCUGUCACUGUAGUUUUGCUUGUUCUAGAACGUUACAUAAAUAGUGAUAUAAUUUAUACUCUUUUAUGUCUUUUUCCCUUUGCUUAAUGUUUUUUGAGGUUUAUCCAUGUAUCAGUAGGUUU